GUCUCCACUCUCCACUAUCCCCAGCUUGUCGGGUUAAACUAGGGUUUUAUUUGGAAAAAAAUGGCCAAUAACGGACCCAAUUGGGACGGAUUACUUAAGUGGAGCAUCGCGAACUCUGACGGCACUCGUUCACAACGCAAUUUGAGUGACGAAGAUCGAAGAUGGUUUAUGGAAGCGAUGCAAGCGCAGACCGUGGAUGUAAUUCAGCGCAUGAAAGAGAUAACUCUUGUCAUGCAAACUCCUGAGCAAGUUUUGGAGGCUCAAGGAGUUACUCCGAAAGAUAUUGAAGAUUUGUUGGAUGAACUACAAGAGCAUGUGGAGUCCAUUGACAUGGCUAAUGAUCUUAAUUCAAUUGGUGGGUUAACUCCUCUCCUGAGUUAUUUAAAGAACUCACAUGCCAACAUUCGAGCAAAAGCUGCAGACGUGGUUACCACCAUUGUGCAGAACAAUCCACGAAGUCAACAACUGGUUAUAGAAGCAAAUGGAUUAGAACCUCUUCUCUCUAAUUUUACAUCGGACCCUGAUAUGACUGUUCGAACCAAAGCACUUGGUGCCAUAUCCUCUUUAAUCCGGCACAACAAGCCUGGUAUUACGGCUUUUCGUCUUGCGAAUGGUUAUGCUGGCUUGAGAGAUGCUUUGGGAUCUGAGAAUGUUAGGUUUCAAAGGAAAGCUCUGAACUUGAUUCAGUAUCUGCUGCAUGAGAAUAGUUCAGAUUGCAAUGUGGUAAGUGAGCUAGGAUUUCCCCGCAUAAUGAUGCACCUUGCCUCCAGUGAAGAUGGAGAUACACGUGAAGCUGCUCUUCGGGGCCUUCUUGAGCUUGCUCGUGAGAAGCCAGAUGGGAGCACUGGUAAACUGGGUGAAGAAGAUGAGAAAUUAAAGCAACUGCUCGAAGAUCGGAUUAAAGGCAUCAGCUUAAUGUCAGCCGAAGAUCUAGGUGCUGCUAGGGAGGAAAGGCAGCUUAUAGACUCCCUCUGGAAUACCUGCUACAGGGAACCAUCUUCUCUUCGAGAGAAGGGACUUCUUGUUCUUCCUGGGGAAGAUGCUCCUCCACCUGAUGUUGCCAGUCAGCAUUUUGAGCCUCCCCUUAGAGCUUGGGCUGCAAAUUCUGAUGCCAAUACUAAGUCCAGUACCAAAAAGAAGGAAGCUCCCCUGCUGUUAGGAGUGGGUCCUUCAUCGGCUACAAAUAAUCAAGGACCCUCAACUGGUGAAGCAGCAAAUAAUCAAGGACCCCCAAGCGGUGAAGCAGAUUCUGGUCGAUAGAUGAUUUUCCAUUGAUAAAACCGUAAUGUAGCUCAGGCAGUUGUAUUGUUAUAAAAUAAAUGUACAUUUUUUGUUUUUUGUUUUCAAAGAAACCAAGAAAAAAAAUCGUUAGCUAACUGUCAGUAUAUGAUAAAUUUUGUUUCUUUA